AUGCCAACCGCCUCGGACGCUGAAGAUGAUUACACCGACGACGAAAUGGAAAUUGAUCUUGGAGACGCGGUGGACAUGCCCACCUUUAGCCAAAUUCUGGAAAUGGACGAGCCUGGCGACCGCGAAUUCUCUUCCUCCAUCGUCUUUGGCUUCUUUGACCAGGUCGAGGAGACGUUUGCUUCCAUGGACAAAGCCGUCGAGGAAAAGAACCUGGAAGAGCUUUCCUCGCUUGGCCAUUUCCUCAAGGGCUCUUCAGCUACCCUCGGCCUCGUGCGAGUACGCGACGGCUGCGAAAAGAUUCAGCGGUUUGGCAAGCUCGAGAACGAGGAUGGCUCAUCAGAACCCGACGCCGAAUUAUGUCUUGAGCGCAUCAGGGAGGCGUUGGCUACCGUAAAGACGGACUACCAGGCUGCUGAGAUACGACUUCGCGAAUUUUACAAGGCCGAGGGUGGCGAGGAUGCCUAA